ACCCUCACAGCUACCGCCCACCCGAAGCUCAUUUGAUCCACUCCCGGAACACUCAGCAGUAACCGGCAAAGUACUACCACGAGAAUCCACGAUUCCUACCGUCCGAUCCUUCAUCCCCGCUCCCAUCAACCACAAUCGUUUACCACCGACAUCGAUAUGGCUGACUCGGCAAGCUGGCUCCGGCCUUUCGCCCGCUCACGCGGUACCGCCAUACCGACCUCCAAUCCAGGUCAACAUGACAAUACAAACCCCGCCGCUGCUACGUCGCGGGCCCCAGCCCCAGCAAUGGAACCAUCUUCCUCAUCCACCCUCUCACCGACCCGUGUCAGAGGCGGUCCGGCCGUCCGGCGCGUCAAGAGUUUGUUAAGUCUUGGAGGAUCUGGCAGUAGCAACAAGGGCCGCAUACACGUACCGGCGCCAGCACCGAUCUGGAUGCUACCACUGACCGAGCUGGAGCUGGACGGGGACGGUGAUUUGUACGGAGCUGGAGUCAGCGGCAGUCGUGGUAGUCGGUGCGGCGGGAGCUUGACGACGUGGCAUAACCCGAAUCUGAUGCAAAUGGUGGAGACGCUGAGGGCUGUCAUGAUUGCAAAGAGGAAUGCCCUGGAGGGAAUUCCGGUUUGCUACAAUUCCCACGUCUUAGCCUUGAUUGAAGGCUUUGCUCAUGUCACUGAGCAGCUGCGCGAAAAAGACGAGGCAUUUGCCGAACUUAAGAACAUUCGAGAGAAGGAACUUGAGCAGUUCCGAAGCGUCAGCGAAGAGUGGGUGCGUCGGGAGGAGGGUUACAAGGCUGAGGUCAAACGACUCGAGCUCGUCUUGGCAAAGGAGAGCAAAGAUGGCGUGGCCUCGGUAGCAAUGGCCAGACAGGGAAGUCUGGUCGAUCGGGCUGGGUCGAAGCGUUUCCGAGCUAGGGUGGAACGGAUAAGCAAGUCUGUCGAACAUGAUGUUGUUGGUACAGACGCAAGACGGCAGCUCGGUGCCCAACCAGUCGAUUUCGAGGAAGCCACGACUUCCUACAAAGUAUCGGGUUCAAUUCCUCAGAUUCUCGAUUCGAAUAGAGAUGUCCUGAUGAGUCGCCUCUUGGUACGACAGGCCAUAGAGGAGAAGCGUCUCCUCGGUGAACAAGGUCAAAUGCUGCCUGCCCCGGCGAGGGCACGCCAUGCACAGCACCAGAGAGCUCUCGAAGUGCACAGAAGCACCAUGAAAAGCCGGAAGGAGUUUUCAUCUUCCUCCGCUUCGAGUUCCCCUACGGACGGUCAAGUCGGGCCUGAGAGGGGACUGCAAAACAGUCAAGACAUUGACUGUGCAGACACUCCCAACGACAAACAUUCACUCACUAAGCCUCACCGAGCAGUGUCGUUUGAACUUGGUCCGCCCAGGUCUCCUGACUCAGAGGGCAGCGGAAAGCCGCUAUCGACUUAGCUUGACCGCAGUACAACAGCCCGUUCAGGUGACAAAUCGUUGGAGUUUCCAUGGAGCAUAAAAUCCCAGACACGAAGAUAGGCA